UUCUUCUUUCUUCCUCCUCCUCCCAUUCCAAACAUGCCGUUUUCCGGCGGAACAGCCCCGCCCUUCUGCGCCCUUCUCCUCCUCUCUCUACUCGCCGCCGGGAACUGCCUCGCUUCAACCCAUGAGAAAGCUUGCAUGUAUGCCGUCACUGUGGAAACAACGUGCACAAAGGGCGCCGACACGUCGAACCACGUCAGCCUGAGAUUCGGCGACACGAAUUCGAACGACAUUGUCGUCGGACACCUGAAUUCCAAGCACGUGAGGAGGGUGGAUUCUUUAGAACCACAAGUUCUGGAUGACAUGCCAAGAAAGCCGUUUCAAGCUUGCAUGGUGGAUCACUUCCAAGUCACUGCAAAAUGUGUCACCUCGCCGAUUUGUUACCUUUACCUGAAAGUCGCCGGCGCCGACGACUGGCGGCCGGGAUUCGUCCAUGUUCGGCUGUUGGAGAGCCCACAUCUUAGCUCAAAUAAUUUCUAUUUCCGACGUGUGUUGCCUCGCCACGUUUGGCAUGGAUUGGACACGUGUCGUGGUGACGUCACCCCUUUUGGCAUCAAACGCAGUAGAAAAGUCUUUGCCGCUAGCAAACAUUUUUUAAGGCAUAAAUUCAAUUAAAUUCCCCAAAUGUAAUUAAAUGUCUUUUUUUUUUUUUUUACUUAAGUU